CCAGGGUUGCCUUUGUGUCAGGGGCCCUCUCCUCUGGACGCCGCGCGGGUCGACUCCAGCGGCGGCCCUGACCCUGGACUGCAAGGCCGCGGACUCGGCCGGCGCCGAGAAGCGUCGAAGAUGGGUGACGGGCGCUGUCGCGGUCCGCGGGGAUUCCUCUCUGAUUAAGCAGACAGUUGAGGAUACAGGGUCUGAGAAUGAAUGUUCAUCGUGGUAGUGACGGCGACAGGUUGUUGCGUCCAGAGGCCAGCUGCCUAGUGGAUGAUACCUCAGAUGCAGCUCAGGAAAAAGAAACAAAUAGCCUGGCUUCACCUGGUCUUCACAAUCUUACUUAUCCCCUAGGUCCCAGGAAUGAAGACCUUUCACUUGAUUAUGCCUCUCAGCCAGCAAAUCUUCCUUUUCCUCACAUAAUGCCGCUUCCCGAAGACAUUAAAGGCUCUUGCUUCCAAAGUGGGAAUAAACGGAACCAUGAACCCUUUAUUGCUCCAGAAAGAUUUGGAAACAGCAGUAUGGGCUUUGGCAGUAACCCUCAUUCCCAGGCACCAGAGAAAGUGACCCUUCUUGUAGAUGGCACACGUUUUGUUGUGAAUCCACAAAUUUUCACUGCUCAUCCGGAUACCAUGUUGGGAAGGAUGUUUGGACCAGGAAGAGAGUACAACUUCACUCGGCCCAAUGAGAAGGGAGAGUAUGAGAUUGCUGAAGGAAUCAGUGCAACUGUAUUUCGCACAGUACUGGAUUAUUAUAAAACUGGUAUCAUCAAUUGUCCUGAUGGCAUCUCUAUUCCAGACCUUAGAGAUACAUGCGAUUAUCUCUGUAUUAACUUUGAUUUCAACACUAUUCGAUGUCAAGAUCUGAGUGCUUUGCUACAUGAACUGUCUAAUGAUGGUGCUCACAAGCAGUUUGAUCACUACCUCGAAGAAUUGAUUCUGCCCAUCAUGGUGGGCUGUGCCAAGAAAGGGGAGCGGGAGUGCCACAUUGUUGUGCUGACUGAUGAAGAUUCUGUGGACUGGGAUGAGGACCACCCCCCACCCAUGGGGGAAGAAUAUUCCCAAAUUCUUUAUAGCUCCAAGCUCUACAGAUUCUUCAAAUAUAUUGAGAAUCGAGAUGUUGCUAAGACAGUGUUGAAGGAACGGGGCCUGAAAAAUAUUCGCAUUGGGAUUGAAGGGUACCCUACCUGUAAAGAAAAAAUUAAGAGAAGACCUGGUGGUCGGUCUGAAGUUAUCUAUAAUUAUGUGCAGCGCCCCUUUAUACAGAUGUCCUGGGAAAAGGAAGAAGGAAAGAGUCGUCAUGUGGAUUUCCAGUGUGUUCGAAGCAAAUCUCUCACUAAUCUGGUAGCUGCUGGGGAGGAUGUCUUGGAGGACCAGGAGAUAUUAAUGCACCACCCACCCCAAGUGGAUGAACUUGACCGGCUAAAUGCCCCACUUUCUCAGAUGGCUUCUAAUGACUUUCAAGAUUAGGGUCUGCUGUGAGCCCACCCCUCACCAGAGCUCUUCUCUGUCUGGAAUGCCCUCAGCUAGGCCUCCCUGUCCUCCCUGUCAUCUGUCUCAUCCUGAGUAGGAGACAUGCUUCUCCCCCAUUAUUUCCUUUCCCCCAUAAUUAACGUGUCCUCUGCAGUAAGUCUGUGCUUCUGGCAAGGAAUGAAGAAGCACGCUUUGGUAAUUAGGCUACCAGUUUUGCAGCAGCCCUGGUAACUUGAAAAAUUUUGGUCUGGUGCUGUUCACUGAGUUUCUGCACAACUGCAAAAGCAGGAAAGGAAGACAAGACCUGUUGCCUCAUAUUAAGCAAAGAAGUCCUCGUCCUUUGUGCUCUGUGGUUUUUGUUUUGUUUUAUAUUAGGUAAAUUGCUUAGCAGCAAAGGGACCAAACCUAAAAUGAGACAAUCUCUUAUCUUGUAAAUAUGGGCACUAGUGAGAUGCUCACUAGAGGUUAAUGAAAUGCCAUUCCUGGGGCCCUCUACACCCAGAUUGCAACUAGGAAAGCUAGGCUCACUCAGAAUGUCUAAAAGAAAUUCUUAAGAGCUAAAGUUAAUUUUUGUGUCUUACUAAUGCAAUGAACAAUCCAAAGCCACACAAGACAGGUUCUUUGGCAGAAAGAAUAAUAAUGACAGGGGUAUAAGAAACCUUUUUAGCUUCAGCAUUUAUGAACCUAGAUAAAUGGAUAAUUCAUUUGGAAUGAAACUCAAAAAUCAAGUAGAAGCUCCUCUCCAAAUCAGGCCAGUCAGAUUAUCCUGGAGCAGAUUCUAUGUGAAGUCACAGGUCUUGGUGCCCUAGGGCAGCCCUUUGCUGUGGGUGUGCCAGGGGAACCUGAGCUAUGGCUUAAAGUCCUUCAUGAUGAGGCCAGAAAUUUCUCUAAGUGCUCGGUAUCUUGUGUGUGUGUGUGUGUGAGAGUGAUACUGGGGACCGAACUCAGAGGCCCUCCACCACUAAGCUGUAUCUCUAGUCCUUUCUUUCUAAGUUUUACUUUGAGACAAUUGCCGAAGCUGGCCAUGAAUUUGGAGUCCUCCUGCCUCAGCCUCCCAGGUGCUCAGUAUCAUAAUAGAAAGAUUUAUAAGAGCUCCAGAGAGAAGGCAUUUGUGAUAAAGCGGGUGGGAAAACUCACGUGCAGGAUUUUCCAAAUUUGUUCUUGUCCCAUGGAAUUUUGGUGUAUCAGUAAAGUAAGAAAACGAUACUAAUGUUCCCAGUGGAAGGCAAGUCAGGCCUGGCUGCUUUGUUGGAUUUCUCAGCUCUAUUAACAGUGGAUGGUGGUUGACAAUGCAGAUUGCUCUCCCCAGCCCCCACCUGCCUCUGGCACCCUGUGGCUAGUAACAGCAGGGCUGAAUUCAAGAGUCCAGCACCAGCUGGAAGUGUUUGGGAAUUAUCUUCCAUUUUCUGUUAGAAGUUGACUUUCCAUUUCCCGCCCUGGGCAUUUACCCAUCACUUAUUUUGCACAGGCAGGUUCCUUCAAGUUGUUUAAGGUAAGAACAUGACUCGUUAAAUUCCAUUCCCAUGCAGCUCUAUAGAGCAGGCUCCUCGAUUCCAUUUGACUACCCAAGUCACAGUCCUCCACACACCAAGUCGGGUGUUGAGCUUCCCUGUCUCCAGGAUUGAAGAACAAGAAUGUUCUGAGGCAACCAGCUUCAUGGGGGAAUGAGUGCUGUUUCUCACUUGGAAAAAGCAGUAGUGAGGGGUUAAACUGAGCUGUCCCUCACCUGGAGUUCUGAUAACCAUUGGUGUCUAUUUUUGUAAGACGGAAUGGUCAGGGAUAAGGGAAGGGUUAGGGUUCUUUGUAGCCAGAAAUUAGUGUUUCUGUGAAACUAAUUGGCUCAUAUUUGAAGUCACCUUACUGGCACCACAUUCACAUCCACUAGCAGCUGAGCAGCUCAGGGAAGUGUUGAAGGGUGCUUCCCAGCAGAUUUACAUGCCAUUACAAAGCAGAUAUGAAUUUUCUGACAUUUGUGUAUUUGUGAUGUAACUUCUCCUGUUACAGUUCAUGUGUUGUGAUCUGAGUGUAAACACGCCCCAGCUAACACCUAAUUAGUUCAUGCUUAGGUGAAAAAGGUGAUCAGAGUACAACAUGUACUUGGUACUUUGUUCUGUGUUGUUCAUUCCCUCAAGCUUUUGAGAGGCAGAUCGCUCCACUCCCAGAAUUGCAGGUUAACAUGCAUUUGGCCCCAACCAGUGGGGUUGAGGAAGUGGAAAUCUGCGAGGAUUAAUCUGUUAAUGUCACCAGGUGGUGGUCACUAAGGGAAAAACUGGAACCACAGAUCCCUGCUGGUAAAGGGGGAGUUUUUUUCCUGCAUCCCUCCCAACCCCAACUUAGACCACAGCAUCAUUGUCAUUUGGUGGCUCCCCUUAGCUGUGCCUGUCCCAGGGUUGGGACAUUCCGCAACGGCAGGACUUCUCAGUCCUCUUGGGAACAAAGGCUGGGUUGCCAUCAUCCCCUUGAGUCAGUUAGUGGCCAGUCAGCUAAGAGGUGUUUCUCCCUAAUAGAAAAGGUGGAAGUUGGGUUUGGUGUCUUUUCUAAGUGCCUAAAUAAGUAAGCCAGGCUGUUUAUACAGAAAGAUUUUCAUAAGCAAAAUGGUUUGACCCACAGUUUCAGAGCAUCUCAGCAAGCCAAGGUGAACCUGGGUCUGAGUUUAAACUCCUGGGUUCGUGUCUGCAUCAUACCUUGUGUAGCUGGUGAGAAAGAGCCACUGAGGAGCUGGAGAGGGAGCCAAGAGCUGAUGUUAAAAUGUGUUAGAGGAGUUCGUGGUUUCUCCAAACUAGAAGAAAAGUGUUGAAGGAGUGACAGCAAAAAGGGUAAGGAAGACAAGUAGCUGGAUUUAUAGCACAGUAUCCAGUGACUAGAAUUAUUUAAAAUUAAAUCUCAAGAGGACAGCAUGAUAUCUAAUUAAUUCAGGUCUAUGAGAAUACUGUGGAGUAGGCCCAGGGGGAGAGAGAUCUAUUUUCAAAUAGUGUAACAAAGUGUCUGUCAUCAAAAUAAAUAUUCAGAGCACCGGCUUUAACUCAAACUGUCAUAAAGUGUGAUGUGGAGUCCUUGAAAAUCAAGUAUUUGUAAGUAACGCAUUCAAUGCCACUUCUUGCCAUCACUUUGAAACUUAAAAUGGGCAGAGUGAGCUCGAAGCAAAUCUGAUGCUUUCAUGGGAGAUGGAGCCACGUUUGUGUUCUGGAAGGGAUCACCUCCGGGGAGAAUCACACUUUCUCCUAAUGGCAAAAUGCUUGUAGGUUUUGCCUCUUUACUUUGUAUUUACUUCUCAAGUUGCACUUGUUCACCUACCAGUGUUUACGAAAUCCUAUAUUUGGGAUGCUUUUUCUAUAAUAAAAUAUUAUCAUUUGUGUG